AUGGCGAAUCAAGUGAUUAGGGCUCUGUUCGUAUACAGUUUGGCUUUGUUUUAUGGCUUUAUGGUAUGUUUUUUUCUGUUGUUGACUGCUAUUAGGAACCUUGAAAUACCGAGAAGAGGAAAGCGACGAGAAAAACGUAAGUAAGGAUCGGUAAAUUUGCACCGGUGCAAACUAAUGGCCUGGUCAAUAAUAUUCAUCUUGUCUGUUGUGCUUUGUAUCUUUAGUUAAUUCGGUUAUCUUUUUGCGUCUGAUAGUGCUCACUACAGCAGGGACUCUUCGAAACAUUAGCUUUACAUCAAUUAAUGAGAAAACUGGCAAAGUUGCUUUCCCAUCUAGAGCAUACUAUUUUUAAAGCGGCACACAGAGAAGAAAGCGAACUGUUACUGUAGCUAACCCAAAGCUUAAGCUUAGGGAAAGUUCAUUUAAUAUGACAGAGGGGGGGAAACAUAUUAUUAUAUUGAAACUCGAAGCUUGAAAUUUUAGCAGCCCCCCUCGCUAGCGGUUCAAUUUUUUAGGAGCCCCCUCCUUGGUAGUCGAAAAAAUUUCAGAGCCCCCCCCACCCCCAUCCUCCUUCGAUUCCUUUACUCCCCUGAAAAAAGAUCGCAAGACUGUAUUAAAUAUAUUUACCGUUAUUGUCUUCAAUGGUUUAUACUAUGACAAACUUGAGAUACAGUUGUGAUACAAUUUUCUAAAGCAUUUUUGGGAUGAACAAGAGUGUAAUAAUUACUGAGACUACAUUUGUUAUAUCUGUAAACCACGUGAUAUAGCUGAGUUGCACAGGCCAUUAAAUUGUUGAGUUGAAAACCAUCCGAUCUGUAUGAUGAUGUCAUGUGUUGGUUUUGAAGUAUACAAAUUUUUGAGAGCCCCCUCCUAGCGCAACAUUUUUUUCAGAGCCCCCCCUUCGGUGUCUAAAAAUUUUCGAGCCCCCCCCUCAAUAUCUUCAUCCCCCCUUGUCAUGUUAAAUGAACUUUCCCUUAUGUUAGUAAGCUCACUUUGGGGGACUACAAACUGGUUUUCAUAAUGACCAUAAAAACCCAUGUCAUUAUUUUUCUCUGUGAUGGUUAGUUAAUGGUUAUUUUAUAUUUUUAAUACCAUUCUUUGUUCUCGAUUCAUUGACUGUCCAAAGAACUGCUAUGAAGGACGCCAUCUAAAUAAACAAAUCGAACAAGUAAUAACACAAGUGAAACACUUUUUUACUGUUGUGAGAUGCGUAACCGUGAAAUGUUAUUCCCUGUAUUUGUACAGUGAUUUCUACUAUUGCAGGAUAAGGGGCCAGUCAAUUUUAAACUUCACCAUCCAACACCCACCCCCCCCCCCCCGCCUGGGCAACCUCUGGAGCAUUUGAACUUUUUAAAGGGACAGGUUCGCGAUAUUAUGGAUGUGUGAGUCUGACAGUAGCUGAUUUUUUUUAAACCAAUCGGAAGCAAGUUGGAUGCACACAGGGAAAUUUACACAGGAGUAUUUCUAGACGUUUGGCUUUAUUUUAUAUGUCCCUAUAAUUCAUAUUCUUUGCUAUUCCUCAGAUAUGUGUUGCAGCCAGUAAGAAUAAGAUUUACAGCCCUGUCCUGCUCUGAAACAAACAUUUACCUUCGUGUAUUUUUAUGAGGUCUUUUACAUACCCACGCUAACAAAGCCGUUACCGAUUGGCAGACAAAAAUUAAUUUGUAAACAAACCUAAAUAAUAAUUAAUUAAAAACAUAUAACGUGCCUUUUCCUUGCCUUUUUCUGCCUUUUCCAAAAAACCUUUUAUUACUGAUCUCUCUGUUUGCCCUAUAUAAACCUAGAAAUACCUGCAAAUAGCACCUGACCGAUGACAAAAACACACAGCGUAUGGGUGUAAAGGUUAUCCUAAAUUGAGCUUAAACUUUGCUUGCUUAUCAGCAAAUGAACAGAUCGAUCAGCUAAGCUUCUCUAUCUCCAAAGACUCUUUAGAACGUCCUGUUGCGUGGUGCCUGUUCGUUCCUCACGAGUACUUUAGAAAUAGUAGACUUAACUUCCUUACGUAGAGCUAUGAAUGAGCGAAUUUAAAGGCAGAUUCCUGUAUUCCUUGGAUUUGCAGUUUAUGUCUUCUUCCUAUUUAGUGUUGGCCUGUAUGUUUCAUUCUGGAAGCUGUCACGAUGCACAUGUGCAUUACCGUAGACUCUCCAGUUUAAGAUAGGCCUGGUCAAUGCAGUGGUUGGGCGGGAGAGAAAUGGGAGGAGGGAGGGUGGGAAAGGCCUGCAACGAGGCCAUUAUCCUAAUAGGUCAGUUUUCAAAACAUGUCAAUCACGGCCUUGAUACUUAAUCCGAUUGGUUGAAAUCAACAUCACGGCCGAUAUGUUGUUAGUGAAGUGUAAUGAAUUCAUUGUUAGAAUUAGAAACUGAAGGCAUCAAUUUCAGCUUGAAAGGAGAAUAGAAGAAAGCAGUUUUCUUGCUUUGUUCUAUUAUUUAAAGAACCAUAUAAAGGAAAAGACCUGUCAGCUUGAUGAGUUUUUAACUGACUGUUUUUGAGAAGUCUCCCAAUGGCUUGUUUUACUCACUAGAAGAAAGGAAGGCAAAAUCAUGCUGCGUGUGUGAUUGUUAGGUGGCGCGUUUGACCACAAACGCCUGUCAUAUAGGCUAUGCCUUAUCAAUGAAUCUGAAGUUUAACAUCUGCUAAAGGAUUCUGCUUUGCAUAUUCUUGCUUUGUAUAUAUAAAUUAUUUAUUUAUUUUUCUUUUUAACUUUAAAUAUUUGAUUUUAUUGCUAUUUUACAUAUAUAUCUUUUUAUUUCAUAGGUUCCUCAAUUAGCUUCAUAGUUAAAAUACCUGACACUUAAAUAGAGUUUAUAAUUAUUAUUAUUAUUAUUUUUAUUAUUAUUAUUAUGAAUGACAUUGGCAUCGCCAAAAAGCAGCAACGUCAUAUAAUCAAGAAAAUGAUACAUAUAACCAUUAGAGCAACACAUUACAUCUUUUGUUGUAGAAAUAGGAACUGGGAUAGCACAGACUUAAUGCAAUUUUGAAAUUGGACGACCGCGUAGCGGGAGUCCGAUUUGUUUAAUCACAGGUAUGAUUAGAGACCAGAUUGGACGACACUAAGUUCUGUUACCAAAAUUAUUAAUCAUAACUUUAACAAAAUUUGUGAUAAAUAAGGCUCUUUUCUUAAAUCAAAACAAAAGAAAUUCCAAUUUUUUUUGCUAGCAGUGAAAAAAAGCCAUUUAAGCGCGCGCGUGAUGGCGUGUACUGUUCAGUUACUCAGGCAUGACGCGUACUGUCUAAUUAAAUUGUCCUAUUAAGGCUGAAAUCAGGGCAGUUGAUAACCAAUCAGAUUUGAGAAUUUUGUUAUAGUUAUGAUUAUGAUGAUGAUGAUGAUUAUUAUUAUUAUAUUUUUAUAAUUAUUCAUUAAUGAAAUGUUCAUGGGGGUUAUAUGCUUGACCUGGCUUGACUGUUAAAGAGUUGAUGUUUUCAUUUCACUAUAGCUCCUGCCUGCCUUCUUGACCCUGAACUUGGUGAACACCAUUUCCUGAGAACAGCAUCAAAUAUCAGGAUCCAUUAUGUUGCUAAAGGAGACACAGGGAAACCACUUAUGCUGUGUAUACAUGGGUUCCCUGAGGUAAUGUACACACGUUGUAUAUGUACACGCAAUAAAAGUUCAAGAUUUAAUCCAGUUCCAUCAGUCUACUUGUAAGUAUAUUUUGUAAUUUAUUAGCAGAUGUAAUGCUAUUUUUCAAGGAAAUACUGUUAAUACAAUGUAAACCAUUAUUAUAAUUAUUAUUAUUAUUAUUAUUAUUAUUAUUAAUACAAAGAAGUUAAAUAUAUAGAGGAUAUUACACGGUGGCACAAAGAUAUGAAUUUUAUUUUCGAGUGGCAAAACAAUAUUUUAUGCACAAGCGCAGCGAGUGAGUAAAAUAUUGUUUUUGCCACUCGUAAAUAAAAUUCAUAUCUUCAAGCUGCCGUGUAAUGUUCUUUUUAUUAUAUAGACAAAAAGACAUCGAUAAAAUAAUAGAGGGAAAUGACUGAAAUUACGUCAUUGAUAAACUCACGUGUGAGAUUAUGGAAAAUAAACCACGCGGGUCCCGGAUGUAAGUUUUUAUGAAUUUUACGAGUGGUAUAUUUUCCAGUAAAACACUCGUGUCUGUAUAAUAAAUAAUAAUGAGUAACUUAGAAAAUAUUAUGCAUUGAAAACCACUGACCCUGUUUUAAAAUCACUUUGCAGUUCUGGUAUUCCUGGUAAUAUCAGCUGAAAGCUUUUAGUGAUAAUUUCAGGAUGGUUGCUGUAGAUUUGAGGUACUGUAAAAAGUAUAUAAUGAUUUGUAAAAUACAAAUUGCAAGUAGCCAAACUGUAUUAUGCACAGCUGCUAUAACUGUAAAACAUACCUGAGUAAUUAAGUUUUAACACAACAAAAUGUGGGAUUUUUGUCCAGUUAGCUAACUUAUUUUUGGCAUCCUUGAGACUGACAGAAAUUGUAGCUCAGUCACAUGGUAAUUUAAUUCAAAACUGUUGAAUAUGCCCAUACCCCAUCUCAUUCUCAGCAGUUUAUUUUGAUUUCAUGAAAAACAAAAUUAAAGAAUUUUUUUAAAAAGCUAACUCUUACGGCAGUAUUUUGUAUUUAAGCGGCUAUGGUGAAAGUGACAGUCCUAAAGGGCGAGAACACUACAAGACGUCAUUAUUGGUUAACGACAUUAAAGAAAUUGUAAGUGCACUUAAAUGUAUUGCUGAAACAGCAGAUUGAGUGAAGAAAAUAUAAAAAUGUUUAAUCCUCUGUAUGCACCUCGUAAACUUUGUUAUAAAAUAUUUUGUAGAUUCAAAGGACACUUUUAAAUUAAACAUCAUAGUCUAGAAGAUUUUGUAAAAAGAUCACAAAUGCAAAAAAAUAAAAAAACACAACAAAACAGAACAAAAAUUAAAUAAAUAAGAAUAAUAAAUUUUUUUCUUCAAAUAUGUCUGUAAAGCUUUGAGUACAUGUUGUCCAAUCCAGAAAUAAGGGCUAUAAUAUUUUAUAUUAUACUGUGUUGCAAAGGAGGUCAUCAGGUAUUUUUUUUUUAUAUCAAUACCCGUAAUGUAUAGGAUUUAUAAUGAGAGCUCAGAAAAGAUAUUAAUACAAUUUAUUAAUUUAUUUACAGAUUGAGGCACUUGAUUACAAAUCUUGCACUUUGCUGAGUCAUGACUGGGGUGGAGCUUUGGCAUGGUAAGGUGGCCACUGUGCCAUAAUAUAAUCUCACAGACACUUGUCCAUUAGACAGAAGUUAUCAAGCCAAUUCCUCUAACUCAUGCUUGUGGAUGCCAUCUUUCUGAGUGACAGUAAUGACCCUUCUUGAGAAGUGUUGAUAUAACCUGUCAAUUCUGAACAAACAGAAGGUAUACCAGGAGCUGGUAUACCAGAACAAGUCUUGUAAACAAAUGAUUACAGGCUCUGCCGCCCUUCCCCACUGCAGUUUUCUUCUGUUUUAUUUCCGUGUUGGCGCUUUCUCAAUUUUGCUAACCUGACUAUCUCGAAGCCUGAAAGAGGCUAGCCUCCCAUGCAGAUAUUCUUAGGGGUUCAUUACGUGUUCCUGCCCCACUAACCUGUGAUAAACCCCUAAGAAAAUUUACAUGGGAGGCUAGGAAUAGCUACUGCAGUGAAGGCAUGGUAUUCAGGCAAGCAAGAGCUUAGUAUGUCCAGCAGUCAUAUUAUCCUUGAUUUUAAAAGCAUAAGAGAGUUGGGGAUGGUACAGAGUUCAAUCAAUAGGGAGUCAUACAGCAAAAGAUUGGCCUGGGGGGAGGGGAAGUGAUGAAACAAAUCUUCCAUUCAGGGCUUAUUUGUGAGGGAUAGCGGGGUAUCUGCAAUUUUCGUUGGUGGGGAAUAUGAACUGCCUUUGGUUCUAUUUUUUCUUUUGUUCAUUACCAUGAAAGAAUGAAAGAACUAGGAUGGUUAUAUGCUCGUGAAAGCUGAGUGAAAUACCCAUGUAGCAGCCAGCCCUUUGUGACAGCCCAAACUGAUUGAGAGUUCAAGGCUUAAGUGUAUAUUCAGUGUGCAAAGAAAGUAGUGUCCGAUAGCCCGGGGCUAGUGAUUUUGCUAUUGGGGAUAGUGUAUUCUGUUUUUAACUUGCGGGACAAGCAAGUGAUGUUUUUUGAGGAAUUCGAAUAACAGAAGAACUGUGAAAUCAAUUCUGCUAGUCAAAAAGUUUUUGGGGCUAGUUGAAAUAACGUCUGGGCUAGUAAAUGCUAGCUUCAGCUUGCCCGAAUGGCAAGCUGUAAAAUGAUUUUCUUUGCACCCUGAUAUUUGUUGUUUUAAAAUUGGCGCGGACUGUGAGCAGUCCCUGAGGAGUCGGAGAAAGUGGGUGGAGAAGGGAGAAGUUACUCUUUUCUUCUUGCAUCUCUUCAGCUUCCUUCUCGGUUUACUUGUUCUUCACAGUCCAGCAAAGCCCUAGUCUUUUUUGCACACCUCAGGCUGGAGUCAUGCAGUGCUUCCUGCCUCAAUGCGGGGGGGAGGGGGAGGGGGGGGGGGGGGGUGGAGAGCAUUGUGUGAUUUCCAGACCAAGCAGCUCUGAAGGAGACUAAAAUGCAGACUGCAGACCAGGGGUAAAAUGCAGACUGAGUGUAAAAUGCAGACUGCAGACUGAGAGUAAAAUGUAGGCAAGGGGCAAAAUGCAGAUACCAUGUGAGUUUCUAACUUUUAACUUUCAAACUAACAGAAAGCUACAGAAAACUAACUGGGACCCUGUAACCUGUGUUUAACUUGAUAACAGACAUCCAUAUUAUAGUCAAUUGACAGCUGUCAAAACAGUUACUAAAUUAGUUUAGCCGCACUUCUUCGCAGCCCUUAUUUCUUAUAAUAUUGUGAUGUCGAGGUGGCCUCUCUUUAUAAGCCUGGUGGUUUCUUGAGGUCUCCUCGCCCAACAACCUGCUCAGGGUUGUCACUAAGAUUUCAAGUUGCCGGGUAUUUGUUGUUAGUAGCCGGGGAAGUCGCAAGCAGUCAUGGAGCCCCUUCCCACCCCCCCCCCCCCCCCCCCUUCCCCCAAGAAGGUUUUGAAGUGCAGCUUUUACCGUUUUCGAAAAGGCAUUACCACCCCAAAAAAGCAAUCUUCAUCAAGAGUACAGCUAUCAUUAGCGGUUUUAUGAUGAUCACGUCUUAUUAAAGAAAACUACAACAUUCUGAGACACUAAAAUAAUAGUUAAAUUACUUUACGUAAAGGCUCGUUGGAGGGUUUUUUUAGUGGCUGCCAAAUGGGAAUAUACAUGUAAGCACCGGGCCUGAAAAAAAUGACAGGUUGGCACCGGUCACGUUAUCUGCGCAGUCUUAUCUUCACGCAGACAAGGGCGCAUGCUGGCCAGUGAAGUGUUAAAUCACAACGAUACUUUACAAAUGCUAAAAAUGUUGAAAGGACAAUCGAUUCUUAUACGGUGCAAAUGAAUUAACAUGCGCUGUAAAAUCAAUUGUAAAUCCUCAUUAUUUUAAUGUACGAAAAAGCAUCAUAAACAUAAGGUUACUAUGGCUUGUUGAAAAAUAAAAGUAUGAUAAGGCUAAGACAAGCGUAACGCACGAAAAAUCGCGGGAUUAAAUAUGGCAAAACUAAACUGCACAACUGGUGACAUUAGUGGUCUCGAAUUUAUGAACGAAACAUCACUUAACAUACGAAGAAACUGACCUACGGAAAAGCGUUUAAACGACAGGGCUAAUACUUUAUAAACGACGCUGAGAUGUCAAAACGAGACUCAAGGAGAAGAAUGUAAAAGUAAUGCUAAUACUUAACUUCCCUCUUAUAUAUAACUUCUUGGAAGUAGAACUAAGAGCAUGUGAUCAUGGCCUGCGGACAAUGAUCGAAUAUUUCCCGUUGACCGUGCGUUAUUUUAUAUACUCGAUACCUAAAGCUAAAUGUAGACCUGGUCACUUAAAUGUCCACAUAUUAAACAUGCCAAUCAGUCAUAGUCUUCAUCUUCAAAGCCUUCAUCAUAAUCCUAAUUAUCAUCAACAUCAGCAUCAGGUAGAUUUAACCCUCGGAUGAUGCCUCAACUUGUGAUGUCAACAGAGAUCUGCUCAGGUCUUUCAUCGUGAACAGAGAGUGCAGAAUCCUUUGCCACUUCUUCGACAUGUUCAACACAAACCCUACACAACGGUUGAAACUUUUAGCAUCGACAAAGGUGACGGCAGCGAAAACGUCACUUUUAAAAAUGAAUUGGCGUUUUUUCCAACUUUGUCGCGUUUAUUUCAAUUCGCUGAAAAUAGCUAAUGUAGGCCAAUUUCCCUGGAGUUGAUUUCUUUGGGCGCACUCAAGUUUAGAAAGAGAAAGAAAAGUUUGUCGUCGCUUGUUUUACGUCCUCCAUAAAACGUGAAACUAGGCAUUUUCACGUCGUAGUCGUGCAGUAACGGCAAAGAAAUGUACAAAAAAGCGUGAUGCACGUGCAAACUAGUUGUUUUGCUCAAUAAACCUAUUGCUUUUUUGACGUUCUCGUUGCCGUCGCAGUCGUCGUUGCUAAAUCUCCCUACUGACAUUUCGCGAACGGAGAGUUUUCGCGCGUGUGUACUAGUACCAAAUCUAAGUCAGAUGUCUUUUCCGACGUUUCUUAGUUUUUGCACGCGAGUAUUUCAGAAUUACUUAAACCUGCUGCAGAUGAAACUCGCAUUUAGUUUGAUGGAUAGUCUUUGCGUGUUUCAAAGGUGUGCUCUUUUGGUUUAAUUUAACGACGAAAGCAGCCGGGGGCCAUGCUCUGAGUAGCCGGGGGAAAUCCCCGGCCCCCGGCCCUUAGUGACAACCCUGACUGCUGUAUUCUGUUAAAUUUGCUGUAAAAAAAGGCUUAUAAAUGAUGAUGAUGAUGACCAGAGCCACAUAACUGUAUUGCGGGCUCUGAUGCAAACUCAUCGAGGUCACGUGUUUUUUUGAAGUUUUCUGCUGACCAGUUGUUAGCUUUUAAAUGAUCGCAGGCUCACGUUUCUGUUUUUCAGUCAUACAGUUGUCCCCUUAAGUUAAGUAUAAAUUUGUGGAUUACCUUGCGGUUGUUUAAAGUCCACUGUAUGAAGUUAAAGUAAAAUGCAUAAAUGGGAGCUUCAGUUUUAGCUCUGGCUAAAUCUAUAUAUCAGGGCUUGUUCAUGGUCUGUCUUGUUAUUAAUGGUAAACGAGGCAAUCUACAUAUGAAUUUAACAUAACAACAUCAAAAUUUGGAGACUGUGGAAUGGAGAUUCCAGAAGCGUGGAUGGCUACGAUCAGACAGAACAGAAACGUUGUAGUUGUAUAAAUCAAUGCGCAGGAUCGAAACGCACCAACUAUAAUUGUGGUUUGUGUUGUACACCAAUCACCAGCAAACACAAUUCCAUUUAUAGUCCCACAGCCAAUUGAUACCACGGCCCAAUGAGGACUAGUUAAGAUCAAUGACAAAGUGGCUAUUGUCAAACAAUCAAAAAUGUUAAAUAAGCCCUACCAUUUUGUUUUACAGUUAAAAUUUAAAAUGACAAUAGUUAUGGCAAUGCACGUGUGAAGUGAACUGAUAUUCCCCCAACAGAGUUAUUGCGAGUCAUUAGCAGUCAAAAGUUUCAAAUCUACCCUGGUUUCCUUGCAGGUUUUACUGGUCGAAAGGAAGCAGGAAUUAAUGAGAAUUCUUCUUAUUACAUUUUAACUCAAUGUGAGGAUGGAGCAUUUGAAGCGGUUCCAGUCAAUAACUGGUACAGUUCUUCACUGUCGAUAUAAAAUACCAGACAUUAACAGCUGAUGAGGCAGAAGAGGAGUUUAAUCGACGUGAAAGAACAUUGAAUUAUUUCUCUCUUAUGGUCAAGAAGAGGUUAGCAGACAAUAAAGAUGAUAUGGAAGAAGGGGGACACAAUGACAUGGAUAAAAGUUCCAAGAUAGAGAGUAGAACAGCAAAUUUGGUAAGAGAAAAUAACAUGAUUCCAUUUUAACCCUUUCAAUCAAGAGUGGCAAAUUUCAAUAUUACUCAUUCAAAAUAUUUCUCCAUUUCUGAUUGGCUAAAAUGACACAUAUGAUUCAUCAUAACCAGCUACUGUUGACCAAAUUUGGAAUUAUUUCGCAAAAUUAAACCAAAGAUGUCAAAAGUGCAGGAACUGUCAUCCAAAGACAGCAAAUAAAGAACGGCUGGUACGAUACCAAUUCUACAAUCCUGGACAAAAGUCCUUGGGACAGUACUGCAAUAUUCAUAUUUUUCUGUCAUUUCUCGGUUCCCUCUUAAAACAGUGCAUCGUUUUCGAAAUUUUCUUGCAGUUCUCCGUCCACCCACCCUAUACAAAGUUGAAACUUGGAAAAAAUUCAGGAUACACGCGUCCAACAUUGUUUGUGGGGUGAGGGGAGGGGUUGGGCCUUCGUGAAUUGGAAAACGCCCCAGAAAUGCAAAAGUGUUCCAAGACUUUUGCCCAUGAUUGUAGGUCUGCCCUGAAAAGUUGUCUGGGAUCUUUAUACCUUUCUAGGAAACUGUCCACCUAUGUAUCUUCUGUUUGUAAAGGUGACGAAAAGAAAAAGAAGAAGUGUGGGAGUGGCUCCAGUAUCUCUUCAAAUAGCCGUUCAUCGACCCCUACGAUUGCUACAGACGGCGCUGCUAAUACCAUUGCUGCCGCUGCUACAAAGCUGAAUCAGGACAGACCAGGGACUCCCUGUAAGUAUAUCCCCACCAACCAGGGGUAAGAUGCCUAUUCUCCGACUAUGUAGAUGAAAUUGUAUGGAGUGACCGUAUAAAUGAAACCUAUUUAGCAAAACCUUCGUCAGGUACUAUUUCUUUUACAGUGUUUUACAAACUAGCAUUUUGGAUGUUGUUCCAUUUAUUCCCGAUCAGUUUCAUGUUCCCAGUGUUGAAACAAUUUUUGAAUUGUCUGGGUUUUUGUAGCAAAAUCAAAGAAGCGCCUAGCAAGUGCAAGUGAAAAAGGUACCCCAGGCGAAGAGGGAAGUCCAGCAAGCAAAAAACCUCGUGUAUCCCCAGCACCUUCCGCGGGAGGGGCAGGAGGAGGCUCAAGAACAAGCACCCCAACACCUGCCGGUAGUGGGGAAGGCCCUCAGGGAAUCGCUGAAGAAGCCUUGAGAAGGUACCUCACAAGAAAGCCCAUGACCAGCAAGGACCUUUUGCAAAAGUUCAAGAGCAAACGAACGGGCUUGUUAAAUGAUGAGACCGUGAAAAAGCUUGCUGCUAUUGUUAGAAAGAUACAACCCGAACAGAAAACCAUCAAAGGGAAACUUUAUCUGUCGCUUAAACCACAGAGCUGA